AUGCAGAUUGAGAAUUUGGAGGAGUUUAAUAAAUGGAUUGUCAAGGAGAUUACUCCAGUUUGUGACGCCGAUCCUGAAGCACUUGCUAAAUAUGUGCUCGCAUUGAUAAAAAAGCCAAAUAAAAACGAAGAGGAGUUGAAAUCGUUGAGUUUAGAGCAAUUGGAUAUUUUUCUUGGAAAAGAGACGUCCAAAUUUGUUGAGAAAUUGUUUGCGGCGCUCAAGAGCAAGGCCUACCUGUCUUCAACGUCAUCAAGCGAUGCAGAUUCCAAUUCGGCUGAUGUGAACGCGACUAUUGAGGAGAAGAAGAUUCGAAAGGAUAACAUUGAUACGGCAACUGUUGAGAAUGUUGCCGAACCCACUACAGCGUUAUCAGAUAAACUUAGUGAGCCUACUGGACGGAAUAUACGAACAAAUAUAUCAAGAUCUGAAUCGAAUGGAGUUGCUAAAGAAAAUUCGCCGGUGAAACCAUUUUCGUCGCGCGGAACCGCUGAAAAUGGAUCGUCGAAGCCAGUUCGUAAACGAAUCAGCCCGCCACCACCAGAAAAUCGCGAUAGAAAUGGGCGAGAUAGAAGACGAUCGCGUUCUCCUGGUCGCGAUCGACGAAGAAAUGGGAGAUCGGCGUCAAAUGAGCGCGAUCGGCAUCGAGGAGAGCGUAGAAGAUCAAGAUCGCGAAGCGAUUCGAGAAGUCCGCCGUCCCGACGACGUCGUAAUGGACCGCGAAGUGGAGCUGAUGAGGUUCGCCGGCGUUGCAAAGCGUUUGAAGAUCGCGGAUUCUGCAUGCGUGGCGAACAGUGUCCUUAUUAUCACGGUCCCGAUCCGGUGGUAGUCGAUGAAACCGCUUUGAGCAAUCUUGUUAGCAUUCCCCAACCUGCUACUAAUUUCUCACUGCCGCCUCCUGGUUAUAAUCCGGUGAAUCCGCCGCCACCGGGUGUUGGAAUUCUCGUUCCCCCACCAGUCGCCGAAUAUAAUCCCGAGACGCCGGCUCUCACUAUUCCGCAGUACACUGUGCCACCGCCGCCAAUUGCGGCUCCGACAUGGCAAAAUCCUGCGCCGACGGCUUAUGUUCCACAACCUACUCAAAACGGUGCUUAUUAUCCGCCACCAGCAGCUCCGCAGAUCAUUCAGAAUCCGCCAUUCCGCGGUUCUUCAGGAGCGCGUGGAGCUCGAGGAGGUCGCGGCGGGCGAGGUGGUGGACGCGGUGGAUUCGUCAAUAAUGUCAAUCGUGAUUCUACGACUCUUCAGGUUGCGAAAAUUCCACCAGAGCUCAAUAAUAUCGCCAAACUAAACGAGCAUUUCGCCGAAUUUGGAAAUAUUGAGAACAUUCAAGUGCGCUACAAUGGCGAUGCUGAAUCUGCUCUGAUCACCUACUCAAAUCGACAUGAAGCGUUUAAAGCCUACAAAUCACCAACACCAGUGCUUAAUAAUCGAUUCAUCAAGGUGUUUUGGCAUAAACCGCAAGAAGGCGGAGAAGAGAAUGGUGCGGCUCCACAGCAGCCACAGGCACCUCCUGCUCCAACAGAAAAGCCGAAGAUUGCAACUGUUAAGGAAUCAAAGUUCGUUUGCGCCGAAGUGCAAAAUCAACGGAAGCAGGUGCAGGAGGCGAAAGAAAAGCUAACUCGCGAGAAGGAGCAGCUAGCCAAAUUGGUUGAUCUUCAAGAGAAGCAGAACUCGCUGUUGGAGAAAUGGAUGGAGAAACAGAAGGCUCUUCUUGUGAAGGCGAGGUCUUCUGUUGACGAAAACGAGAAGAAAAAUGCCACGAAACUUGUGAAGCAAAUCCAUAAGAAGAUCAAGGCUUGUAAAGAAGAAGUCGAUGGAAUUCUGAUGCAGAUAUCGGAAAAAACUAUGGCUGUUGAUCAGGCGAUGGCCGCAUUGGAAGCGUUGAAAGUGACACCGCCCGAGUCGCGGAAGCGACGGGCAUCGACCGAAUUGGAGGAUGAAGGCUCAACGAAAAUGUCGAGCGUCGUUGUGAUUCGAGGAAUCAUGGAGGAAGAUGUAACUGAUGUGAUGAAUCAUAUGGAAAAGUUUGGCGAAACGUUUGACACUAGUGUGAAAGUUGAUGAUGGAUUGGCUGUGGCGACGAUUCCUUAUAAAAGAAAUGAGGAUGCUCAGAAGGCGAUUAGCGAAGGCAAGAUUUUUAAUGGCGUUGAGCUUGACAUGGUUCUCACGAAAGAGCAAUUUGAUGUGCCGUUGACGGAUUCGAACAUGUCGGCGAACGAGUUGUUGGCUUCAAUUCCGAAUGGCGUUGAGUCGGAUGAUGAUGAUCUUUUGAAUGACUAA